AUGGUUAAGGGGUUAAGAUAUUUGCAUAGCGAAAGUGUACUUCAUCGCGAUUUGAAAAGUCACAAUGUUCUAAUUACUGAAGGAUAUGUAGCUAAAUUAGCCGACUUUGGUUUAGCUAAGUUAUUAAAUAGUUCUGGUUAUAGUUCCAGUGGCAAGAAAAUAACAGGAACUAUUCCCUCCAAAGAUACUUUACCAUUUAAAGAUUUAGAUAAUAAUAAUGCAGUUAUUUUUCAAGUAGGUGGUAAUAAUUUAAGAGAGACUAUUCCUAAUGACAUUCCUAAAGAGUUAGCAGAGAUUAUUGAUGUUUGCUGA